GACCUGGCGGGCUUCGUCGAGAUGCGCAGGCACGUCAAGAGGCUGCAGGCCGGCUCCCCGCUGCUCCUGCGCGUCGCCCCGGGGCCAGGCGGCUCUUCGGGCGACGCGGGCCUGGACAUCUGCAAGUUCUGGGUGACGAAGGACCUGCUGAGCCUGAAGUGGCAGGAGCAGGAGGGCACUGGCAAGGUCUGCGAGGUUCCUCUGAGCGCCAUCACCGACGUGGUGGAGGCGGCGCCGGAGGGCCAGGAGGCCGACCCAGACCACUACGCCAUCUCGGUCGCGCUGCGGCCAGGCACCGCCCCCGGCGCGAUGGACCUGAUGUGCGCGUCCCCAGAGGAUUUCGAGUCAUGGCGCGACGGGCUGAAGUUUCUCAUCGGCUCGACCGGCUCGCAGACCUCGUCGCCCCAGGCCCGGAGCCCGCAGGGCGCCGCCGCCGCCGCCGCGGCGGGGUCCAGGAGCUCGCGCUGCCAGGAGCUGGAGCGGGAGCUCCAGAAGCAGCUCGAGGUCAGCAUGGACCUGCAGAGGGAGAACCAGCAGCUUCGCGAGGCGGCCUCGCAGAAGGACGCAGCGAUCGUUCAGCUGGUGACCGAUCUCCAGGCCAAGUCUUCGAGCACCGACCGCUGCAACAAGACAGAGUCGACGUCGCACGAGAGCGACAACCACCUUCGCGACCGCGAGGUGGCAAUCUUGCAGCGCAAGAACGGGCGCCUCCGGAAGGAGUUGCACGCCAAGCAGCGAACCAUUUCCGAUCUGCUCAAACUGGUCGGAAAGGUGACCGCGCAGCAGGGGGCGGAGAGCUCCGCCGCGGAGGGCGCCGAGGAGGAUGAGACCGAGGAUGCCGAAGAUGCAGAAGAUGUGGAUGAUGAGAGGCAGUCGAGCGUUCCAUCGCCGACAGCUAUGUCAUUCAGGUCAGCUGGCCAGAAGGGCGCACGGACGCCCACCGGGCGGCCAGCGCCGCCGCCGAGCCGCGGCCUGGGCGGCGCCGCCGCCGUGCAGUUCGCCCCGAUGCCACGCGGGCGCCGCCGGGCAGCAACGGCAGCGCCGCCCUCGCAUCCGCCUUGCUCGCCACCGAUGCGGCGGCGGGGUCGCCGGCCCGCGGCGCUGCCUCGUCCGUCCCAGCGGCGGGAGGCGGCAGCGCCGCGGCCCUGGCCGCCUUGUCGCGGCAGCUGGAGCUGCUGGAGGAGAAGAAGCGACUGGUGGAGCGCCUCGCCGAGGGGCUGGAGGUCGCCUCCGAAGAGGACGAGGAGUGACGCUGUGCUUUCGCCCCUGAGGCGCGCCGCGGGUGAGGCUCCCGCGUCCUGCCUCAAGAGUGCACAACGGGGACCUGGCGGCCCGCUCGGAACGGAGAGAGACACAUGCCUCCUCGCUACGAUUGGUGCGAACUGA